AUGUCGGCUCAAACAAUAUCGUUUGGUCCGUUGCUUUCGGUAUUGUAUGGCGUUUUUAAGAGUGACUAUCAUUUUCGCUAUCCAUGUGAAGUGGUGUAUUUGUUACGCGAAGAGUCUAUGUUCGAGUAUAUCGUGUUAUUUCUGUAUUCUGCGCUGAAUAUUCAAUUGAAUGCCGCAUUUCUAUUUGUUGCUGAUGCCGGUUUCUUUGGAAUCAAUUUAUAUUUAGUAGCUGCAUUUGAAAACUUGGCCGAUGAUUUCCGCAAAAUUGAACGGAUUGACUCAAACAGCGUUUCGACUAAAGCGAGAAAUCAAAAAGAAAAGUUUGUGAAUUGCGUCAAUUUCCAUCGUAAUUUAUUACGGUUGACAGACGAACUUCAGAACCUCUACAGUCCAAUCAUAUUCUUUCAAUUUCUCAUGAGCUGCUUACAAAUUUGUGCUAUUACGCUGGAACUCAUAUUGCACGAACACAUUACACUGGAUCGAUUUGUACAAGUUUUACCCGUUUACCCAACGAUUUUAGCCAUUUUAUUCAUUUACUGUUAUUUUGGAAACGAACUCUCGGCUAAGGCCAGUGAAGUAUCAAUGACCGUUUACAAUGCCGAAUGGUAUCACUAUCCAUUGACGUUACAGAAGCUAACGCCGUUGAUUAUCCAACGAGCUCAAUGUCCUGUCAUCAUUGAUGGAUUUAAACUGUUCUCUUGUACACUCGAAAAUUAUGCCAAGAUUGGUGUUGCGGUAAGUCCAGACGGAUUCUCCCGACGGAACAGCAACAACGAUUCAAUAUUUCUAUUGAAUCUACUGGGCUUUGAUACGCUUUCAUUACACUUUUUGUCUUUACUUGAGAGUUUUUUUCCGUCAUUUUUUUCCUUCAUCAUAGAAAACACCUCAGGAAAAAGAAAAAAAAAUGUGUGUUUAGGCUGA